AUGUCCCCGGCCUCGGAUAUCAUUAGUACAGUGAGAAACAUCAUGCCAGACCUCGAAACCCCAUACUCCCGAGCCAGAUUACCCACUACCAACCACUCAGCCAUCGAGCUCAAAGAUCAUAGCCUAUCAGGGCCACCAUCCCCGAAUGGCAGCAGCAGAUGGAUGCAGUUUACCACGAUUCUCAGGUUUCGAAGAAGUCGCUUUGGUACUCCUGACCCCGUAUGGGACCGCCUGACAAAUGACAAUAUCGAGAUCUAUGAAAAUACAUUCUUCCCCUUGCUCAAAUCAUGCCUCGACCUCUCCUCGUUAACGAUUCACGUAUUAUCCAGUGACGGGGCUGCCGAUCAAGUCUUACAGCCAUUCACCCACACCAAACUUCAAUUCUUAUGCAUCACCACAUAUAUGGGGACAUCAAAACACCAAUUAUCUCACCUGGUCAAGGUUCUCUCACUCCCCAAUUUACGCACGCUUACACUUAGCGGCACAGAACCAUGGUCUCAUGAGGAGUUGAUCUUGCUCUCGGGACUUAGAGAAGAGGUCUGAUCUCAUUGGCGCCGACGACCUCCGUCCAAUAAUCAAAAGCGGAGGAAAGCUAUUAUUUCGAAGCCUUCUCAGUCAUCUGUUGCUGUCCUAAUGGAGCCUAAGCCUUGAUGACCUUCAGUGUUCGAGAAGCUUGCCAUCACCCCAAAACUCAUGGCCAAUUGCAACUUCCUUCGCUGCUCGAUCACAU